GUGGUCCUCUGACGGUGCGAUGAGUUUGGCGCGUCUGAGUGACCGCUUUUUGUGACAAUAGGCAUACGAAAGAAGCCAGUAGGGACGGAAAUGCAUUUCUCCACAUGCGUGAUUGUAAUUCCACCGAACAUCUGCAGCCUUUUCGGGUAGCAACACCAUUUGCAUGCCUCUACCAUGACCGCAUCCGACCGUCUAAUCUGCGUGUAGGAGUGACCGUGUUGUAGCGCGGAUGUGGUAUUGACAAAUAACGCCGUUUUUGAGUCAAGGAUCUCCUGUCGUUUUGUUUAAAUCCACAGUAGCGAUUCAGACUUAGAUUUAUGAGUCAGCCCAAGAUGUUCAGUCGUGUGGUCACCGUUCUGUUGGCUGUACACAAGUGGCUGGUUGUGGCAUACGUGGGGCUGGUGUGCCUCUCUGUCAGGGAUGGCAUCCCGUGGGUUUUCUGCAAACAAACGUAGCGUAUACCUCUUCAGAAUUUUUUGUGUAAUUUAUCCCUUUCAGAUGCCCGCAGCGCUGAUCCUGCACUUAAGUUUCGCGACAAGGAACAGCGCAUAACAAUGUAGUUUCCCCCACCCUGCUACCUUGGCUGUUGCUCGCUUCCAGAUUCCCGUCGGUCUGCGUUGAAUGUCUCUGCUUCCUGACCCAGUUCUUGUGUUUGCAAGUUUCUACACCCAAACGGUGAAGUAGAUGGCGUAUCACUUGGGCUUUGGAUGGACUGUGGGGCGCCUUUCGUUUGCGUAUUCAUGCCGCAUCUGUAGGCCCGCUAUAAACCAGCAGAAUGUCCGACCACCUGCAGCUGUAGUCAUGGAGCACAUGAGACAGUGGACUGUGUAGAAACGAAGUUUGUGGCUCUUGUCUGCGUCAUGUGCUCUCUUCUCUGCCGUCUAGUCUGUCUUGUUUUCUUCCUGUGCUUGAAAGAGCUGAUUAACAAGAGCCGUCCAAUUUGCAGUGUGACUGCGGCGUCAGAAUGGCGACUGGCGGGUGGUACACUCCUCACCGAGCCUGCACUCUCUGCAUACCCAUGUCUCGCCCAUCCAAUACCCCCACGCAAUGGGUGUUUCCCCUUACGGGCCACCAUGUGUGUGUUGAACUCACACUUCGGCGAGACGAAGAACUUUCCUCCCAACUGUGACAAAUAUCGGUGGGCGAGCUUGACUGGAAGUGCGGCUUCAGCACACCUGUCACCGACCGAGACACAGGGAAGGAACAAGCCAAGAUACGAAGUUCGUAAGACCCGUCUUGGCUUUUGCUCGCCGCCAUUUGUGCCCUGUGACAAAUCGCGCAUGCAGUGCGUGGACCCGAUUAGCCCGAUUAGCAAUUCGAUUUGCUCGACAGCCUGUGGAAAGGCUGGUGCCAUCGGUACUGCUCGCCGAAGCGUCUUCGAGGAACUGAGAAAAGGCAAGUCAUUUUCAAGUGCCUGGUGCUUUACGGCCAAGGAACGGCCUGGGGCUCUGCCGACGCCUGCUUCAAUCUCCAAGUCUAACAACAAAAGCAUCGCGGGUUGGGCACACAGGCUGCCGCACAAUGGAGGGAAACUCCGUCCGACAACUCAAACUCUCUGGGCGUUCAAUGCUGGAAACAUCGAGGUGUACAAACAACAAAGUGGCGCAGCUGGUGGCCUUGUUGGCGUUGUGAAGCCCAAAGGUCUCACGUCUAUGGAUGUCUGUCGGAGAGUCUCUGAGCUUCUGAAGUCAUACAGAGACUCGCGAGACAGGACACUUGUCUCGUCAGGCGUGGACGAAACAGAAGACUUGCUGCCGGAUGUACUACACUCGAAGGGUGAAGUUGGAGAAAUGCAGACACGGACAGGAAGACGGAAAACUGGAGUUGGACAUGGGGGCACACUCGACCCCGCGGCAACAGGCGUUUUGAUCUUGGGCAUUGGAGAAGGAACGAAGAGGCUGCGACAUUUCUUAACUGGCUGGAAGCGAUACAAGGCCGUUGUCCGGCUGGGCGUGACGACAGAUACACUCGAUAGUGAGGGUCGUGUCGUUGCCGAAGAGAACUGGCGCCAUGUCACCCUUGCCACGUUAAAACGCGUGUUGCCCUCCUUCCUCGGGAAGCAGCUCCAGCAGCCUCCGCUUUUCUCCGCGAAGCGGGUGAAGGGGGUCCGAAUGUACGACAUCGCGAGAUACAUCCAGGAGCAGCAAGAUCGCCGGUCUCAAAAAUCGUUUCCCCUCGGUGACGCAGUCCAUUCGGGAAACAACCACGACGCCUUCGUCAACCACUCAGAAGCGAGGCGUUCGGUUGCUGCUCCUUUCGAAAUGCAACAGCAACUCCCCGAGAGACUUCAGAAACCACCGUCGGUUGGAGGCGGAAACUCGGCACUGCACCACGCUGUCACCAAGCAUGUGUCUCUCCCGAACCCUUGCGAAAUCGAGAUCUCAGAACUUGAGCUUGUCGACGAAGAAGAGUUCGAGAUGCCGCAUUUUGCUAUCAGCGUCACUUGUUCGAAAGGCACGUACAUUCGUCAGCUUGCAGCCGACAUCGCCGCCAGGUGCGGAACGGUCGGACACCUGACGGAAUUGACGCGAACAUUCCAAGCGCCUUUCCGGUUGGAGGAUUGCGUGAAUUUUGAAGACCUAACUGCAGACGGAUUGCUUCGUCGCUUGAUUCCUGUUCAUGUGAUUGACAGAAUUCUUCGUGAGAAGAAGCGACAGUAAGGGGAAAGAAUUCUGUGGUUGGGAGACUCUCGAAAAAGCGCCGCAGCAAACCCAAGGCUUCUUAACAACGCGUACAACUAUGAGUCAGUACCCAACUGCGUGAGCUGGAGAGUAAAAACUCGCACCGUUGUCUGCGACAAUGCAGUUUCUAGGACGCUUCUGCUCCACAAAGAUCGAAUUGUGUGUUCGUGGAAUUUCUGAGUAUAUUCUGUGUUACUCCUCUGAAGAAGGAACGUCGGGUGCGUUCACUGUGUCGGAACUCAGAGUUUGUACGGAAACCGUUUAGAAUUACUCGAUAACAGGUAUCUUUUCAAAAAAAUUUGGCCG